AGAGUGGUUUGUUUGAGAUCGAGAUCGACUUGUUCAAUAAUAAAUAACCUCAAAUGAUAUAAAACUUUAAACGCAGUUAUUUUUGUUGUGUCAUGUCUCUAUCUUCUUAUAAGUAAUAAUAACAUUAUAAACAUAAUAUCAUUCAUUCAUAAGUGUUUUUACACAUUUGUUUGUAUUGGCUGAAGAUAUUUUUUAUACUUAUCAGAAGUAAAAAGAGAGCAGAACUGUUGUUGUGUUGUCGGUGACAUGGACUUCAGCAAAGCAGUUCGUUUACAGUGUUAUUUAAUUCGCUAUAUUAUAAUUAAAGGAUAUUAAGCUGGUAUCUAAAUAUGAUCUUAGAAGAGAUUAUUCAAUGUUUUUAAAUUAAUUGUUAAACAUACUGUGAGAUACAAUAUAUUAUUAUUCAUCAUGGCCAAAACUAUGUUCAUCACUCAAGAAGGGCCAGCUAAUGCUUUGGCUCUAAAUAAAGAUAAUACACAAGUUGUUAUUGCCGGACGAAAUGUCUUCAAAGUUUUCAAUAUUGAGGAAGAAGAGCUUGUUGAAACCUGUAACUUGAGGGUUGGAAAAAAUUUGAAUCACCUGAAUUUUUCCUGUAAUGAUGUGGCCUGGAGUACUAACGAGGAUCACAUCCUGGCCACCGCAGCUACGAAUGGCGCUGUAGUUAUGUGGAAUUUGAACCGACAAUCCCGAUCUAAGCAGGAGCAUGUUUUUGUUGACCACAAGAGAACUGUCAAUAAAGUCAGUUUCCACAGCAUCGAGCCUUCCCGACUGAUUUCCGGCUCUCAAGAUGGGACAAUGAAAACUUUCGAUUUACGGAUUAAAGAAGCAACAAGAACAUUUUACAGCAACACAGAAAGUGUGCGCGACGUCCAGUUCAGCCCGCACUCGCAGCACAACUUCGCGGCAGUGUCUGAGAACGGCAGCGUGCAGCUGUGGGACGUGCGGCGCCCGGACAAGUGCUACCACCAGUUCACCGCCCACAGCGGCCCAAUCUUCGCCUGCGACUGGCAUCCCGAACACGCCUGGCUGGCCACGGCUUCACGCGACAAAACAAUCAAGGUGUGGGACCUAGUGAACAAGCCAGCUGUGGAAUUCACGAUCAACACGAUAGCGUCGGUGGGGCGAGUUAAAUGGCGGCCGCAGAGGACGUACCACAUCGCGUCGGUGGCGCUGGUGGUCGACUGCAGUGUCAACGUGUGGGACGUGCGUCGGCCCUACAUCCCGUUCGCCUCCUUCAACGAGCACAAGGACGUAGCUACUGGCAUCGCGUGGCGCGGACAUCCACACACCUUCCUCUCUACCAGCAGGGAUUGUACACUGUACCAUCAUCUGUUCAAAGACGCAACACGACCUGCCAGCAAGGCGAAUCCUCAGGGCGUGGCUUUCAACAGCAGAGGCGACUUGGCCUAUGCCUGCAAGGCUAACAAUAAUCUCCUGGCUAAGUCAGGCAAAACUGCAGCAAAUUCAAGACGUUCGGAUCAGUCGAGCGAUGAAUUCGUGCAAGCUUCUAGUCAUAUGCAUUGGUACAAUAAGAAAAUGAACUUGGAAAACAUUUGGUUUGUGGGAUGUGCAUCACAGUACUUACUGAGCGGUCGUCCGCUGCCCGAUCUCUGUGAUCAUAAUGCUGCUGUCGCUGAAAACUUGGGGCGAACAACGGUGAGUUUGGUUUGGCGCAUGAUCAAAAUUCUGUACGCGCCACGUCUCGGUGACUUUGGACUGCAGAUGGGCGCGAAGGGGGACGGGGAGCGGGAGGGGGGAGGCACCCUCAAGGACAAAUCCGACAAAGACGGAGAGUCGGACAAGAAGGUGGGUGUGGAGGAGAGGGAGGGCGAAGGCAGCUCAGAGGAGGGCAACAAAAAGUCGAAGCGCCAGUUGCGGUUAGAGGAUCUGAAAACGGGAACCGACUCGAUGGGCGAUUUCUUCUUCGGCGACGGCGAAAUGGAUCCGCUGAGCAUGGACUUUGAGCGCGGCAACAGUGUGGGUCUGUGCGUCGACAUCAUCACGCAUGACUGGACCCUCCCCAUCGAGGCAUUUCCUCUCAGACACGAGAUUCAGGACAGUUCGCCACCACCCGAACAAUUGAACAACGAUUCUCCUGAACCAUCUGACGAAACGCAGUUGCUGACAAUCGAGGACCCGCCGAGUUCGCUGCUGACUGUGAACUGGGUGACGCGUGCGCCAAUGUGGGACUCGGCCGGAGUGAUGUGUGCGGCGCUGAGGCAUCACGCGAAUGCAGGCGACGUGCAGACGUGUGCCUCGGUGCUCAUCGCACUCGGCGAGAAGCGACGCAGCCUCAGCCACGUGCUGGACGAGGCCAUUCAGGAGCACUGGCUCACCGCCUACAUUGACAUACUCACAAGGCAUCAGCUCUGGGAUGUCGCAACACAGGUAAUUCAACUUUCAUGGAUAGCAUCGGUCUACCAAUUGAACCAGCAAUCGACUUUGGUGAAUUUGUGUUGCACCAAAUGCAACAAGACGCUCCUGCGCAGUGGCUGGCUGUGCGAUAGCUGUCGCAGUGUCGAGUGUGCUGUUUGCAGUGUAUGCCAUAAGGUUGUGAAAGGCCUGUACUCAUGGUGCCAAGGAUGCGCCCAUGGGGGUCACAUGAAGCACAUACAGGAAUGGCUGGAGAACUACAGCGAAUGUCCUGCAGGCUGUGGGCAUCAAUGUGAAUACACAUAGUAUCUUAUACUUCCGAUUUCAGUAGUCAUAAAUUGAAUCAUGGUCUGUGAUGCUUGUACAGUAUUUUAAAGAUUAAAAUGUUUUAUUUUCAUUGAA